UGCCGGAGGGACACGUUCGCGUGUCGGACCCGCAGAGAUCCACUUCCGGUUUCUCGCGCUCCCCACCGGCCACGAUGGGGAUCCUGGAGAAGAUCGCGGAGAUCGAGAAAGAGAUCGCCCGGACCCAGAAGAACAAGGCUACUGAAUACCACCUGGGCCUGCUGAAGGCGAAACUGGCCAAAUACAGAGCUCAGCUCUUGGAACCUUCGAAAUCGGCGGCAGCGAAAGGCGAAGGGUUCGAUGUGAUGAAAUCUGGGGAUGCCCGGGUGGCACUGAUUGGGUUUCCUUCUGUGGGUAAGUCCACCUUCCUGAGUUUAAUGACCUCCACCGCCAGCGAAGCAGCUUCCUACGAGUUCACCACGUUGACCUGCAUCCCGGGAGUCAUAGAGUAUAAAGGAGCUAACAUUCAGCUUCUCGACCUGCCGGGGAUCAUCGAAGGAGCUGCGCAAGGAAAAGGUCGUGGGCGCCAAGUGAUUGCCGUGGCCCGGACAGCGGAUGUUGUCAUCAUGAUGCUGGAGGCCACAAAGGGGGAAGUGCAGAGAGCCCUGUUAGAAAAGGAGUUGGAAUCGGUGGGCAUCAGGCUGAACAAAUAUAAGCCCAACAUCUACUUCAAGCCCAAGAAGGGAGGGGGCAUCUCCUUCAAUUCGACGGUGAUGCUAACCCAGUGCUCUGAGAAAUUGGUACAACUAAUUCUCCACGAAUACAAAAUCUUCAAUGCCGAGGUCCUGUUCAGAGAAGAUUGCUCGCCCGAUGAGUUCAUUGACGUGAUUGUUGGCAACCGGGUCUAUAUGCCCUGUCUUUAUGUUUACAACAAAAUUGACCAGAUCUCAAUGGAGGAAGUGGAUCGCCUGGCUCGGAAACCCCACAGCGUCGUCAUUAGUUGUGGCAUGAAACUGAACUUGGACUACCUGCUGGAGAUGCUUUGGGAAUACCUGGCUCUCACCUGCAUCUACACUAAGAAGCGAGGCCAGAGACCAGACUUCUGUGAUGCCAUAAUUCUGCGGAAAGGUGCCUCCGUUGAGCACGUUUGCCAUCGGAUUCACCGGACUUUAGCCAGUCAGUUCAAAUACGCUUUGGUUUGGGGCACCAGUACCAAGUACAGCCCCCAGCGAGUCGGACUCGGCCACAUGAUGGAACACGAAGACGUGAUCCAGAUAGUCAAGAAGUAGCCCCCCACUGAUCCGCUGAUGCCUCGGCCUGCCCCAACAUGACGGUGGCUUGUGUGAAACCCGAAAAACGAGGCAGGGGUACCUGGGCCUUUCCUGCCACUUCUGUGAAGCGUGCCUGGGGGUCGGAAGAGACCAUAGAAACGGUGGCGGCCGGAACGCGGAUUCCCGUCUGAGAAUCUCUGCUGCAGCUCGCUCCUGGGUGCCUUUAAAACUCUCUAACAGGAGGUCUUUUUUUUUAAUCAGCUACCCAGUCGCAGGUAGCCCAAAGAAUUUGCCUUGGAUUUGGGAAUUGGCGAAAGGGGAUCAAGUCUCUCCUUUCGACCCUGUCUACCCCCAGUUUGAACAAACAGCUCCUCAUUUUCUUCCCGUGUUAGAAACGGAUACUUCUGUAUUCCCCUGACUUGACAAGCAAGCACAUGCUCAAAAUCAUUUGCGUGAAAACCGGAGGACUCUGGAACAGCCACGGAGCCACUGGUGGAGGUUCCUUUCCUCCACCUACUCUUUCGGUAACUUCUCUUAGGGGUUUGGCUAGGGAAAUGAGGCUUGUUUUGGAAAACAGCAAUUGAGUCCCGACCCUCUCUUCAACCGGCUGUUCUGCCUCGAUUCUAGAACUUUACCGCCGGACCCUUCAAAAACCACGCGCCUGUCGAUUAAAAUAAAAAUUGAUUUCUGCUUUC